UUUGAACUCGAGUCCUGAGAGGAAGCAGGGUUUGACCAUGUGCUCGGAUUGCGAGGACUGCCUGGACCCUUCCAAAAUGUUCCUCUCGAAUCAGGAGUAUUAUGUGAAGCUGGAAGAGCUGAAGAACGCUCACAUGGAGACAAUGGCCCAGUUGGAAAAAAUGUACCAGAAUAAGCUGUAUCUCAGAGAUCUGCAGCCCUUACACCAAACGGACCCCACCCAUCCUGUGAAGCACCGAUCGAAGUGGGAGAAGAGCUCCCUUCAGUCCUGGAGUAUACAUAAAUCAUUUUCCGAGCCCGAUUUAAACUAUUGUUUCGACUCGGAUUUUUCUGACGUGUCGGAUGUAGAACCGGAAUUAGAAGAAAAUCAUAGCGAAGGAGGGUCCCUGAGAUUCAGAAAAAUAUGGGAAGAGCUUUCUUUGGAUAGUUUUCCCCUCUGGCCUUCCAGCGGCUUCUCCAAAUUACAGAGCUUGAGGAAGAGCAGGAGGAAGAAGAAAGCGUGGUCUCCGAAGCUCACCGUGCCGGAGCCUUUCCAGAUGACUAUUCGAGAAGAUAAGAAGAAGGAACAGAACGUCAAAUCCAAGGCUCAGAUCGAGAUGGAGAACAAUUUGCUCAAGAAGCAGUUGGAGGAGGAAGCGGAGUAUCAGAAGCAAUUCCGCGCCAACCCUGUGCCCGCUUCUGUCUUCGUCCCGCUCUAUCAUGACAUCGUGAAGCGAAACGAAGAGCAUCGGAAGUUGGUCAAAGACAGAAGGAAGGUGAUCCUUCUGGCCUCACAAAAGCCAUUUCGCUUUAUCGAAAGAGAAGCCCAGAAGAAAGAAAUGAGGAAAACGCAGCUGAAGGAUCUUUCCAAACAGGACAAGAAAGCCAAAAUGUUCAAAGCCAAGCCAGUCCCUAAAUUCAUUUAUGGUCCGGAAAUCAGCGAAAGGCUGAAGGAGGAAGAGCUCUACCGAGAAAUCAGAAUUCAGAUGAGAUCAGAAGAGCUUCUUCACAAUUCAUCCCUCCCUAACAGCAGGCUGGGCUCUAAGCACAGCUCACUAAGGUGCACGGAGGAGAGGAAAACGUCCGGCUCAAAACCAAGAGCUGCGGCAAAGGUCCCGGAUUUCAAGACGUUACAUCAAAAAUUUGAGAAGCAGCUCGAGAGACAGACGAACAUGAAACCUGUCACCGUCUGCGAACCCUUCCACCUUCGCACACCGAAUAUUCCAUCCAAAAGAGGAAAAAUUCUGGAGGAUAUUCAGAAGGACGAAGAAAAGUUAAAUGAGACCCGCUGGCCCUAUGCCUCUCCCAGAUGUCCGCCUCAUAUGAGGUCUACGAUCACAGCUUCUUUGCCUUUGGACCACGAAGAGCCCACAUCUCCAAGGAUCACGGAAUCAACGAGGAAACGAUUACAAGCUGUAAGGGAUUCCCUUGAGGAAAAAAGAAAGCGGGAAGAUGCGCAAAGGAAGGCCAGAGCAAAACAGAAGCAACGAACAAGGAGAUUGCAGAGACUCGUAACCACUCGGGCCGAGGCGAAUGACCCACAUCAGAGCCUGGCCCAGUUGUAUAAAUCAAAGUUAAAAAUGUUCAGGGAGCACGAAAAGCAGAGAAUGAAGGACUAUCUCCGGGAACUGGAAGAAAUGGAAGAAAGGGUGGAGAAGAGACCCCUGUUGUUGGAAAGAGCUACACAGACAAAUGCCCGGAUAACAGCAGAGAAGCGUUAUGUCGACAAACUUCGAGCGUUGGGGCUCUGCGAAGAGUUUGUUUCGAAGAAAGGCCGAACGGCUAAAUCAGCAUGCGCCCAGUACUGUUCCAGCAACGGCUCUGAAAAUUCACAAUCAGAAGGGAAAAGUGACAAUGAAAUUGUGUUUAAAAAAGGAGAAGCUGACGGAGAAGAAGAGAAAUCGGAGGUCCAAUCUGGCCGGUCUUACGAACAAGAGGAGCAGGAGGUGGAGGAGAAGUCUGAGGCCGACUCGGAGCGUUACGAAGAAGAUGACCCCGAGCACGAACGUGAAAACUCCGGUGACAGUGCUGUAGAAAAGCCUAGUGAUAAUGAAGAGCUAUCUGACUGAAACAUG